AUGCCAUGGCUCACUUUAGAGGCAGGAGCUAUGCCGAAGCUCACAUACCUCCAACUAAAGUUCUGUUCGACCCCAGCUAGGCAGAUCUGUGUUCCUUCAGGUAUUAGCAACCUCCACAGGCUUACAGAGAUUGCCCUGUGCUACAACGCACACUACCUCAACAGCCCCAGCGUAAAGAUGACAGUGGAGGCAGUGACCAAACAAGUUGCCGAGCAUCGCAACCCGAUCGACCUCUUCAUCAACGGCAUUGAACAAGAUGAUGUUCAAGAAGCUGAUGAUGAGGUGACAGAAAUUACAAUUGGGACUUCGAGCAGAACCAAUGCUGGAGCUGAAGAUGAUGCUCAAGAAGUUGGUGAGGAGGCUGCAGCAGCGAUUCAAUGUGAGAUUACAGAAGCUGAAAGUUGA